AUGGCGGCCACUCCCAAACACCCCCUCUUCACGCCCGAGCCUCACUACAUCCCAGGCUAUGCGGGCUUCUAUCCGCAGCUGCGCUUCCAGGUGGGGCACACGUACGGGCACACCACGGCACAGCUCCUCACCGACCCCGGCGUCCAGAAGAGCCCCUGCUCUGUGCUCUCGCCCAUCUCCAAGCCCAAGUUCACGGAGGACUACAGCAAGCCCAAGACCCACUUUGUGCCCUGCCGAGACCUCCUGGAGCCCCACGUCCCCCAUUACAGCGGUCUGAAGCCUCACAAGGACUUCAGGGUCCUGGGCCUAUUCCCAGCGCAGGAACUGGACUCCCAGGGUCAGCUGGAGGCAGAGGAUGAGGGCCCCCUGCCUGCAGACUUCCUGCCCUACGCCCCCUACGCCCCGUGCCCACCAGGCAGGAAGGAUGAGUCCAGGGACCUGGGGCACCCAGGCCUGAGACUGCCCCCUCAGGAGUUCUGGAAACAGGCGGCACCAGUGCCCAAAGCGCCCAGGCACAACCAGCUAUACCACUGGAGGAGGGACCAGUUUCCAGUCCCAGGGCGGCAGCAGGAGACCCUGGACCCACAACGCUUCCACAGGCUUCCCCAGCUGGACCACCCCAACCUUGUCCAGCGAAAAGCCAUCUCCGGCUAUGCUGGCUUUGUCCCCCGCUUUGCCUGGGUAAUGGGUAUGAACUACCGAGACGGGGUCACACAGGCCAUGGACGAGUUUGACAAGAACCAGUUCCUGUUCAGAAACCCCAUCUGUAACCUGGGUGAGAGGCUGCCCCAAACCCACUGGCCUAGCAGGACCAUCUACCGCAGCCAGGGUCAGAUACCCUUCUACAUGGGGUUCAUACCAUCCAUGCAGGACAAGUACGGAAUGACCCUUGGUGACAGCACGCGCAAGGCCUAUCAGAAUGAACUGGAGAGGCGCAACCAGACACUAUGA